AUGUUACCCCGUUCACUGCUUCUGCUGGCUUCCGUUCCGUUCAGCUACUGCUGGCCAAUCGACACGCGCUCCGGUGAACCGGAAUACCCCGCGACACGGCGUGGCCCUCGGUUUCUGGGGCUCUUGGGACUGCUGACCGGGCUGACGUUGGUCGAUUCGCUCGACGACGACGACAGUGAUCGACCGCGCCGUUCCGGGUUCGUCAAGAUCGACGUCGGGCGCCCCUCGUUCGAUCCGUAUUACGGUGCGUACGGCUACGGUGCUGGUUCCGUCAACCCGUACUGGGCCGGCCCGGGUGGAUCGGGGAUCGGAUCAUCGAUCAACAUAAAAAUUCCAUUUCGACCCGGGGGCCCCGGUGGCGGUGAGUUCGGCACAAUGGCCCUCAUUCCGUUUCCCGUGCAGUUCCCCGGUGGAGCCCCGGGGCCCCAUUUCCCUGGCGGUUCCCUAUCGUCCCAUGGGCCGGUCGGCAUCGAGCCACGGCCGUCGAUCUUUUCCGAUCUCGGUGCCGCCACGGGCUCGCACGGCACGACCGUUCACGCCGACGAGGAAGCGGCUGGAAGGAAGCAACCGAAAAAGAGCACCCGGUUAAAGGUGAAUCCUCCGCGGGCAACGCGCAGUACGGUAGAUGAGGACCCCGACGAUGACUCGGAGCCAGUGCCACCGGUGGAAGAAAGUGUCAGCGAGGAUCAACCGACGGAAGUGCCGGUCACCGAGUCGGAUAGCGCGAUAGCAGACAUCGCGUGUAUCGCAUCGAGCAGUACACCAAGUCCCGCCAAUCAGUCCACCGCACCGCAGAUCGAAGAAUCCAUUCCGGAGGCCGCCGACCCGCCAGCCACACUGGCGUCGAUCGUUCAGCACGGCACACCGCAGCCGGGUUAUCCGGCCCACCAGCACAGCCUGGCCGAUGUGUCCUUGAUCGAUCUGACAUCCCGGACGGACGAUCCCCGGGGUGGCGGGUUUCAAGCGAGCCAGGACGAUCAUUGGCAGAACUAUUACGGCACGAGCGCAGCCCGGCAGCCCGAUGAUCAUCGGCGGGCUAACGAUCAUCGAUCAGGCUUUUUUCCCAUCGUGUCCACACAUUAG